AUGGGUGACCACGGUGAAGCGCACGAUCAUCACUCCUUUGAGAUAACAAGGGAAGACCUUUUUCGGCCUUUCAGGGAACCAUGGCACACCAAAUACGUCCUUCCUUUUCUGGGCGGUCUCAUUGACAAACCAGUGACGCUCUUCCGGGGUAUGUACUCCUUCGUAUUGUUUCACCGUUUCACAGAGUACUUUGUUGAAAAAGUUCAAAGGAAACCGGUUCCUUAUUAUCAUCAACGUUUUGCGAGAGUUCCUGACAUCGAUAAAUGCCCGGUUGGUGACGAAGUUUGCGUAGUCGAGGCGAAUGAACAGUUUCAUCGUGAUCGGUCUGUUAUCAUUUCUUAUAUCCCAUAUCGCUUUCCUUCCAAUUUACUUUUUUUCGCAGUAUGAUGUGCAGCUUGCAUCUACUCAGUACACUGUCCUGACACGGGUAGAUUUUAAGUUUGAUGGUGGGAUGUACAUCUAUUAAUAAUUCCUAAAGCCAGCUUUGUAUGUAGCUUUAGAUUGCGGUUCCGUCAAGUCACUUCUGUUUCCCCAUAACCUUUUUAUCCACGAUGAACUGCAUGCUUUUCAUGAACACAUGUACCAUGUUAGCCGCUUACAUUUCUACUAGCUUUAUUUUAUUCAACCUCCGUGAAUGUAGGCUUGUUGAUGUGAACAUCGUUCGUCUUCUUAAAGAGAGGCGCGAUGCUUGCAAAAGGUGGUAUGACAGGGAUUACGAAGAUAUGCAACGUUUUUGUAAAAAAUACAUCGAUGAACACGAAGAGGCGACGACGAACUACUUUAUUAAGUGUAAGUGGAUGUAUUAUUUUAAUGCUGAGACACUUUUGCUUUUUUAAAACUGCUUACGCUUUGCAUUAAAGAUAAGUAUAUUCGCCACGAAUUAUGCCGUUUGUUUUUCUCAAGUAACUGUUUUCGGGAAGUACGGCGUCACCUAGCUAGUUUCUAAAUCCUACGUCGCGGAGUUUUCCUAGUAUGUGUAGCUUGUUCUGCAUCCCUAAGUAUGCUAGUAGGCCUCACUUAUAGCUCUUAUUGACUGAUUAGCCUACUUAUAUUUCGGCUCUGUCUUGUCUAGUUUUACGACCUCUGUUCAUGGAUCAAGCUGCCUUUGGAUAACUGCAUUGUGUAUACUUUUAGGGCAGUGGGCGGGCAUGUACUUUGUAUUUGUAACUAGCCGACAGUCAUUAAUCCCUAGCACACCCUCUCUCAGAGAUGCAGCCAGGAGGCACUGGUUUUACCAGUCAGCAAGAAGACACCGGUUUUACCAGUCCUUGUGGGUAAUCCGACCCCAUUAAACACCGACAGUACAUUCUGUAGAUCAUUCUGAUUUGGCUCUAGCCGGGCAACAUCAUCAGCUUAGUUGAGAUUGGCCGACCAACCCCGUAGAAUUUAGCUAAUGCAGACGAAAGCGUAAUUAGACGAGACAGACUACUGAAUACAACUUUGCCUAACACCCAGUGGAAUGUCCAACGGUGAUUCAUCGAGUGGUUCCUGACCACAGCAAUGAUUUUUUUUCCGGUAGCAGAUGAACGGAAGCGAACGCGCAGAAAAGUCCGUGGAAUAGGCUGUCUUUGGUUGCCUGCAGCCAAGGCGAGUUUCGAGGAUCCGCCGUAGCGUAUCUGUUUUGUCGGUGAACUAAAGUCCUGUUCAAUACCCGUCUGGGCUGUGUCUCGGUCUCAAAUCACGCAUAUUUUGAAAUCACCCGAGAGUGACAAUGACAGUGCCGUUUCUAGUAGCAUCAAUUACACUUGUGCUACAGUAGUUAUCCCCCUUCUUCCUACUCACAUUAUUGACGAUAAGUGCGAGGAUGGUUGAACGUGAGUCGUAAGAAAUGAUUUAAUCUUCAAUAUCUAUUCAAUCGCCUCAUGAACCUUGGACACCAUUAUCGGAACAAGACGUAUAGACGUAAACGGCGAUGCCAUCCACUGUUUUCGUUCCAUUGUUGCGCAGCCUCGACAUUGCAGCGGCCUUCCCUGAGAAAAGAGGACCGCGCAACACUGUAUAAGCUGGAGAGGGGCGAAAUUUUGUUCCGGGAAAAAGGUGGUGGCAGGUUGUUCGUCGAAGUUGCGAAGACGCUUGGAGAAUUCACACCCUCCCCCGGCUCUGAUCGGGUUGUCCCCCGUCUUCUCCAUUUGCAUCAGGAACUUAUCUACUGACGGUCUUUGAGUGUCUUAGGGCAGUCUUUGUCAUCACCUUUUGGUCUCAUUUUUGCGUUGGCAAAAGAAGCCGUCUUUUUGAGGCCUAGUUUCAGCGGUCUGUGUGAGGGUCUUCAGACCGUCAGUGAUGUUUCGGUCCGACUUCACCCUCACUUGACCGUUCCGACAGAAUAACUUAACUUUUUAAAAUCAAACGUCCGAUCUUGAUGCCGUAAAUAAAAGGUCGUCGUUUCGUUUUGGCAGCCAUGUUGUGGCCUUCCUUAGAAUCCCACUGAUUUACUAGCCGUCUGUGUAACUUGACUUGGAGAAGAGAACCUAAAAUUCGCUUUCAUCCCUUUGACGGAACUCUUUGUAACUCGCCCCCUAGUGAAAUCUCACGCUCUAUGACAGUCAGAGAUUAAACGGAGAUCUGUCUUCCGUAGAUUGCGUCGUGUCUAAUAUCGGGGAAUUCAUAUACUGUAUGGCUGCUGGACGCUUACCUGCACAGAACUCCAAACGUGCAUUAAAGUCCUGUUGAUUCGACGGAAGUACGACGACGCACUUAGCAACCUUGGAUUCCUUAUGUAGCGAGGAAAAUACUGGUUAUAUGUCUGGACGACAAAGCAGUGUUAGCCUCCUGGGCUACGUCCGGGAGACAUUUUAGCUGCUCCUUCUUCCAUUUAUCUACCGAUCCAAUUUGAAAGUAACGUUUUCCGCACUCCUUUCCUUUUGAUGUGCGCCUUCAUUUUCAUUGCUGACAAAGAUACCGAGACACAUUUUCCUAGCCAUGCGGAGACUCGAUCUCAUUACCACCGCUAUUGUCAAGGGAGGGGCAAAUUUCGGGACUUUCCCUACCGGAAAACAUGGUCUUGCUCGGAAUUUCAUUACUAUGAUACCUUUUCAUUUGGUGGUCGUUUGCAUUAUAUACUUGCGGUAAUCUACCUCCCAACUGAUCUUGCCAGUUUAAUUUCCUAGUUUCACUGCGUCACGAUGAUUCCCUUCCAUCACAGUCGGUCAGUAGCAGACUUCCGGGCGUAGCUAAGCCUCUUGACACACUAGCCACAUAGACCGCAGACAGCAAAGCUGAAGAUGCGCUCGAAGUCAGCCAUGUCUUCAGUUAGCCAACAUUAUGGUCUGACCGGCCAGGAUCAGGUUCAGGGGAGGUUACAUCUCGGGUAAUGUUGGUUUCAGCGCGUGACUGAGCUAUCAUGGUCGACGAGUGAGAAAGGCGCAGUUAACAGGCAGUGUUCCUGGCCCAGUUUACGCAUUUUUGGAUUGAAAACGCGUAAGAAUUCGACAGUUCGACCGUCGUGCCCGACGAUGUUAACCGUUUGCGCGACGUGGACCGGCGACGGGACCUGCCACCGCACCCCGAAUGUUGGCAUUGGUUAUGGUGUGCAUUCCGAUAAUGCCUGCUAGAACCCACUGGGGCCCCCGUGUUGGUCCAGCACAUCUACGGCGUGGCCUGUUUUUGGGGAGGAGAGGGACAAUGACAAAUUCAGAGAAGGGAGUCGCAAGCACAGUCGUUUGUCCGAGCGCAUGGACCCUACGUCACAUCUUUCUAGGAGGAUUGUUAUAACGGAGGUCCCGCGUUCCCACGGCUUGGUAUUUUGGUUGAUCUAAUGCCCGUUAUCGAUCUUAGGACGAUUUCAGAUGAAAGCUGUACUCGUCUCUGAUCUGAGACUGAAUCUCACUGUUACCCCUUCCCUUUUGCAGACAAUGCAACCCAAAAUUACAGAGGUUGUUCUGAGAAUUCAACCAUCUACAAUGAGCGGAAGUAUACAUCCAACCGCUAAACCCUAGGAGGUAAUCUUCAGGCCCAUUUCAGCCGCCUUCGCGACCAUCUGGAACAACAGGCUGCAUUUUUGUAAAGCAACCCCCCGGUGUGUCAACAUUAUCAGUGUAGUUUAGAAUACGCAGGCCGUGACCUAAUGUAUCACUGGAGUAACCUGUUAGCACAUGCCAAAAGGCCCAGUCUGUCGCGUAGCUGGAGUGGACAAAAAACACAAUCCUGAAAGACGCCAUAGGUGCCAUUGCCGCGCAAUUCACACGAACUAAUUCUACUUCUGUGAAAUCAUACCUGAACCAAUUGAAGUGGCCGCGGUGGCAUGAGGUCGUACAGCUUGGUCGGCCACAACGAACCCGAUGUGUUGUGGUUUUAAGGCAUGUCUUAUGUACUCAGUCUGCUAUUACGCUUAUCGUCCGCGACCAUGCAACCCUAACUGUAGAAUUUCUCCGACGUUGCACAGAUGGCGAACUCCAUUUCUGGACCGAUGUUCGAGACGCCUUUAUGAAGCAGAAGCACAGAAUGUUGUGGGAGCGAGAGCACGGGCCAAUCGGUGCUCAACAGGCGAAGCCUAGCGAUGAUGACAAGGAGGCCGACUCCGCAGUUUCCGUCCUACGCAAGUAUACCGGCCAUGUUAAACUACCUAAAGAAUUGAAGAUGUGAAAUUGAGGCUGCAGCACAACGGUGUCUGGCGCACUUGCGCAUUUUUAUGUGAGUCCCUUCGUUUGAUUGGCCGAAUUCUUCUGACUCGGUAGUGUUGGGUGUUGCAUUGGUUGGGUAUAUUUUCUUGCUGCUUUUGCUCAGUCAUGUCCAGUCGGUUUCUCUUUUAGACUUCCUCCUCCUCCUGGUCAUUAA